ACAAGCGGCUGCAGAGUCUGCGGCAGGCUGCCGACUUCAUAUCUUCCUAAAUAUCUGCAAUGUGGGGAUAUUAACCCACUUAUUAUUGGCCCUGGUUUCAGGAGGAGUAACCUGGAAGAUCCUGGAAACAGCUUGAAGAACGAGGAACAGGUGCCGAAGACACUUCUUUCAGUCAUGUAUUUCCUGGAGUGUAUAAGAAGGACCAGUUUUCCUCUUUAACCACAAGAGUUUCUUCUUCACUUAUCUUAAAAGUCAUUGCAAAAGUCUUCUACAAGUUUCCCUGAAGGUAAUGAGAAGAUGUCGACAGCAGAACUGGUUUCUUCAGAAUUGAUGGGGAUUAUUCAGGGUCAAAAACCCAUUUGUUUGACCAUCAUCAUCUACUCGCUGUAGCCGGCAUGAAGAGGAUGUCCCUUACAAACUCCUUAUGACCCCCUUGAACUCUUCCGAGCUCAUCCCUGUGUGUGAAACUACGUCCAAACUUUAUAGAGUCUGAUCUGCGAGGAGCUCCAUGUCCGGGAUGCGGAGCAGGAUGGAUGGCAGGCCGGUGGGAUCCGUGAAGCUCCUGAGGAUUCUGGGAUUUUUCUGCCUGUGGAUUACAGCUCAGGCUCAGAUGAAGAUCCCACCGGAGACGGUGCAGCAGUGGGCGACCAUGUUCUCCGUUCAACUCCGAGAAUUAACCACCAAAUAUUCGGGCUCCCUGCUGAUGCAAAAGAAACUGAAGGAUGUGGAGUCCAUCAUUAAGAUCGUGGAGGUGGAAGGACGCGACUUGGUGAAGGAUUAUUCCGAUGAAAUUGAACGGAUGUUGGGAAGCAAGAUGAAGUCAGUGAAGAGGUUAGCAGAGUCAGCAGAAGAUGCUGACCUAUACCACGACUUCAACGCUUCAAUGAAGUUCGAUUACUACAACUCCAUGCUGAUCAACACGAUAGACGAGGACGGGAACUUCCUGGAACUGGGUGGGGAGUUCCCACUGGAGAACAACGAACAUUUCAACAACCUGCAAGUGAACACGCAGCAGAGCGACAUCCAGAUUCCCACCAACGUCUACAACAAAGAUCCUAACAUCCUCAAUGCCAUCUACAACUCAGAGGCGUUAAACGACGUCUUCAUGGGUAACUUCCAGAAAGAUCCCACGCUCACCUGGCAGUACUUUGGCAGCUCCACUGGCUUCUUCAGGAUCUACCCUGGUAUUAAAUGGACUCCGGACUCUAACGGUGUGGCAGCCUUUGACUGCAGGAACAGAAACUGGUACAUCCAGGCAGCCACAUCUCCGAAGGACAUCAUCAUCAUGGUGGACAUCAGCGGCAGCAUGAAGGGGCUGAAGAUGACCAUUGCCAAACACACCAUCAACACCAUCCUGGACACUCUUGGAGAGAACGACUUUGUCAACGUUAUCGCUUACACUGACUAUGUUCGUUAUGUGGAGCCAUGCUUCAGAGGAACUCUGGUCCAGGCCGACUUAGACAACAGAGAGCAUUUUAAGCUGCUGGUGGAUGAGCUACAUGUCAAAGGAGAAGCAAAGAUUAAGAAUGCCAUGAAGGAAGCCUUUAAAAUCCUCAAUGAGGUGAGGGUGAACGGUCAGGGCAGCAUGUGUAACCAGGCCAUCAUGCUGAUCACAGACGGAGCCAUGGAGGACUUUGAGUCUGUCUUCGAGGAGUUCAACUGGCCUGAACGCAGGGUGCGAGUCUUCACCUACCUGAUCGGCAGAGAGAUGACCUUCGCUCAAAACACCAAAUGGAUCGCCUGCAACAAUAAAGGUUACUACACUCACAUCUCCACGCUGGCCGACGUGCAGGAGAACGUCAUGGAGUAUCUGCACGUGCUCAGCCGACCGAUGGUCAUCAACCACGACCAUGACAUCAUCUGGACAGAGGCCUACAUGGACACUGUGCUUCCCAGCACCCAGGAGCUCUUCACCACCAAGGCUCAGAGUCUGUUGCUGAUGACCUCUGUAGCCAUGCCGGUCUUCAGCAAGAAGAAGGAGACGCUGUCCCAUGGGAUCCUGCUGGGUGUUGUCGGCUCGGACAUCCCACUGAUGGAGGUGAUGAGGCUGGUGCCCAGAUACAUGCUGGGAGCACAUGGCUACGCCUUCCUCAUCACCAACAACGGUUACAUCUUGUCUCACCCCGACCUUCGACCUCUGUAUAAAGAUGGAAAGAAAAUGAAGCCAAAGCCAAACUACAACAGUGUGGAUCUGUCUGAAGUCGAGUGGGAGGAUACCGACGAGUUGCUGAGAACAGCCAUGGUGAAAGGACAGACUGGCAGCUUGAGCCUCAGCAUCAGAGCAUCCGUGGACAAAGGGAAAAGACCUCUGUACCUCAUCAAUGACUACUUCUACACAAACAUCGAUGACACACCUUUCAGCUUCGGCAUGGCGCUGACAAAGGGUCAUGGAAGGCUGAUCAUUUUGGGAAACGUGUCCGUGGAGGAAGGGCUGCACGACCUCACCUCCCCUGACCUGAGCAUCGCCUCUGAGUGGACUUACUGUGAGACGGACAUUGACCCAGCUCAUCGAAAGUACACACAGCUUCAGGCCGCCAUCAGCUACCUGCUGGGGAAGGAGCCCGACCUUGAGUGUGAUGAGGUGUUGCUGCAGCAGUUGCUGUUUGACGCCGUGGUCACGGCUCCGCUGGAGGCCUACUGGAACGCCCUGAUGCUCAAUGACAGGGUGGAGCCGGGAAUGGAGACGGCCUUCCUCGGUACUCGCUCUGGCCUGAUGAGGAUCAUGAGAUAUGCAGGAGUGGAGACCAGAGUGGCAAGAAAGUUCCUGACUCCAGCUGAUAAAGACAACCUGUUCACCAUCGAUCACUUCCCUCUCUGGUACCGCCUGGCUGUUGAGAAUAAUCCAGGGAGUUUCUAUUUCUACCCCGUCAAUGACAAAGGUGUGAAGUACAUUCUUGCGACGACAUCGGUGACGGUGUCAUCUGAAGGAAAGACCGCCAUGGCAGGAGCUAUCGGGGUGCAGAUGUCCUUGGAUUUGCUGGAGAAGAGGUUCUGGACCAUCACUAAGCAGCCCAGCGACACAGACUGUUCAAACAUUGAAGGUGUGUGUCCACUCAGUUGUGAGAGUGCUGAUCUGAACUGUUUCCUGGUUGACAAUAACGGCUUCAUCCUGCUUUCCAAAGAGAGGAAGGAGGUCGGUCGCUUCUUCGGCGAGUUGGAUGGGUCUGUCAUGGCGUCACUGAUCAAGAUGGGAAUGUAUAAAAAAGUGUCAUUGUUUGACUACCAGGCGAUGUGUAAAAACAGUCAUCAUCACACCAGCAGUGCCCGACGUCUGCUCAGCCCAUUUUACGCCAUUGCGGCAUUGAUGAGGUGGUUCGUCUCCAACGCUCUGAUGUUCAUGCUGGACUUCAACCUCUGUGGUCUCUGGCACUCUGAUUACUUUGUGGAUGCCAAGGCUGGUUAUCACACAACUCAUAAGCAGAAGAAGGUGGAUGCGCAGCAGCCCUGCGACACGGCGUAUCCCGGCUUCAUGUACGACUCAUCAAUCAGAGAAGCCAACAGCCUCAUCAAGUGUGGACGCUGCCAGAAGAUGUUUGUGGUGCAGCAGAUUCCGGACAGUAAUCUGAUUCUGAUUGUGACUCAGGCUGACUGUGACUGCUCCCGUCAGUAUGGUCCGAUCCUGCUGGAGCCCAAAGAGAUCAAAUAUAACGCCACAGUGAAGUGCAACAGGAUGAAAUCCCAGAAGGUCCGGCGGCGUCCAGAGUCCUGCCACGCCUACCACCCAAAGGAGAAUGCUAAGGAGUGUGGCGGGGCGUCGGCCAUCUCCCUGUCCAUUACCCUGUUCUCUGCCUCUCUGCUCGUCUCAUUGGUCCUCCACCACUGGAAGUAAACCAGCACUAACGCACCAAUCAGGAAGCUCAAAGGGGAGUCGGAGCAAGGAUGAAAAAAAAAGUAUGAAAAAUAUUGAAACACCCAGCAGCUAGCCAAAGGAUGUGUUUUUAAUACUUGCCAAGAGAGAUGAUGGGUCAUCCCAGAUUUUCUGUCCUGCUGCUCAGAUGAGCUUCAGGUCACUCUGCAGCGGAAAUAAAGGGCUAUUUGGUUUCCUACAAAAACUGAUUUAGACUCAUUUCUCUGUUUGGAAUAAGUCAAACUGAAGAGAGAAGACAGUUCAGAGCCAGGGGAGGUGGCUUGUGAGCUGCAGGGGAAACAGGAGUCCUCACUCUGAUGAAGAAACCGUCUCUUGAGGGCAACUUGGAGCUCUGCGGGGGAAGAGUGUAAACAGUGCAGCUUGUGUUUGGAGAAAUGUUGCCAUUAUUUACAACAAGAAUGUAGAAUCUUUGUAGUUUGUUGAUACAGAAAUAUUGUUUAAAAUUAGUUUUUCUUUCAAAUGAUUUACCAAAAACUGUUAAAAAGAGGGAAAAAAACAACAGCCUAUUGAGAAAGAAAAAAACACAGAAAUAUCAUAAAAACCUGUUCAAUAAACUGUAGUCAAAUGUUUAAAGAACAAAAACGAGUUGCUCAAAAAGGUUUGUUGUGCUUUCGUAAAUUCAAUGUGAUUAUUCAAAACCAAGCUGCGGUUUAGGUUAUCAUCAUUUACCAGCAGAUUACGCAGUUGAUUCAAAGAAACUGUAUCUUUAAACAUUGACAUAUUUAACUUAAUUUAACGGAGGUGAUGCUCAUAGUGAUACUCAGGGUGUAGUGAGAGUGCUCUCUAGUGGCAGGAGGGUGACAGCAGCUAGAAAAACGUUUCAACUUAGACUUCCCCAGACAGAAACAGAGAAAUUUAAAUAUGAAGAUUUUUGUACAAUUCCCGGAAACACUUUGUUUUAUGUAUCGCAUAUUUUCAGACUAUUUUUCCAGGAGACUUUCCUCAUGAUUGCUUAAAACUGAGCUGGUUCUUUGCUGCACAUUCAGAGGAUGGUCCCAAAGGAGGCCCAUGCAGGUUUGGUGCUAAUUAUGAGGGGAAUGGAAUAAGCUCUCUAAAAAUGCAUGAAAUUACGUAGCAGGUAAUUAAAAAGUGGUGCAUAAAUGGACAUCAAUGACCAUGAGGGUUUACGACAAAUGACUAACAAUAAUUGUUUAUCAGAAAAUGACAGUGCCAGUCAGUGUGUUUUUUGGUCAACAGUUUGAAAAAUAAAAAGAAGUGGACCUAUGUUGUGUUGCAGUUCAACAACGUGAAGAAUCCAAAUUAAGAAUUUUAACUUUGUCUUUAGGAUAUUAUUGGAUAUUGACAAUUGUAUGUGAACUAUUUUGCACACACG